AGGAGAAAUGUGCGUCACUCUGAAAAGAAGGUAUUGUUCGAUAAAAAACAAAAAUCAUUCUUUGUUUUCAUAGUCCAAUGAAAGCGUCAGAAGGAAAUAAAAGAUGAUGACGAAAUCGUUAUUUUACAUUAAUAGUGGUAGCUUACUGUGUCACACAUACUAAGAACUUGUUGAAUGCAUUUUUAAAGGGUCCGAACUAGCCAGUCCCAUUUUAAAUAUGCCUGGUUACCAAUCACAAGACACUGAAAAAGUGAAUAUGUAUGAAAGUGUGAGUGAGUGUAGGGGUAUGAGGAUUUCUGUUCUUUGACUGCCGUUUCUAAUACAACGGGAAUCAACUAGAGAGUUCGUUUUCACUCAUUUUCGAUCCUCUGGACAUGCUUAGACAUAUCUAGUCUUUCAAUUUGUUUUAAGACAUUAUGGGUUCACGAGUUUCUAGGAACAGAAACCCACAGCGGGCUUCGAGUUCCUGCGAACGUAACCCGAAACUGACAUCCCUAGGUGAAUGUGUGCAAUGUGGGAUGUGGGGUGUAGAUGUAAAAUGUGAAUUGUGAGAUGUAGAGUGCGUAUGUGAAGUGUGAAGUGCCGGUGUGAAAUGUAGGAUGUUGAUUAUGGCGUCUUAAUGUCGUUGCGGAUAGAUGUAGGUGUGGGCGUAUCGUGUAAAGACUUCACAUGCAGCGACGAGUGUUCUCAGGUACAAAUCGACAUCCACCUUUGCAUCCCGUCCACAUCCGAGCCCUAGUUACAAGCACUCAAAGACUCCUAGACCCUUCAGCACAAUCACACCCACAUCCAUGCCAACCCACUCUAGUGUCGGGCGUAACCAAAUUUUUUGCUCACGGGCAUAGCCCUGCUUUUUCGAAAACUGAUGACCCGGCGAAGGGGGGGAGGGGCGUGUAGUGCGGUGAAGGUUCAUCUAUCUCUCCCUAGUGCUGAGACCUCGACAUUAGAUAAUCAUUUUAGUACCCGUGACUACCCCGUGAGUCACGGCGGUCAAGUAGGGCACUAACCUACACUCAUUCUUUUAGUAAUAAUUUUAUAAAGGAUAUUAUGAUCAUUCAGUGUAUAUUUAGAAUUUAAUGAUGAAACAUUUUGUAUUUUUUGAACAUCAGGAUCUUGAUUUUGAUGUAGGUAUAAUGUAUCAUGUUCGAAUGAAAUGUUAAUGUCAUUGAGGAAUGAAGAAGAUGUAAUAGGUGAAGUAGAUCAAGAUGUAGCAGGUGAUGGUGUUGUUAUGGAAGAAUGA